AUGGACGGCUCCGCAUUUACCUUCCUUGCGCGCGGCGCCAUCAUCCAGCACUUUGAGAUCCACGGCAUCGACAUUGUCCAGGGAUUCCCGACCACCGAGCUAUACGCAUCGCACAACUCGCCAUACUUUGGCGAGACAAUCGGCCGUUUUGCCAACCGCAUCGGAGGCGCGGCCAUCAAGGUUCCAGGCGGCCUCAACGGCAAAGAGUCCUACCCCUUGGCUGCCAAUAACGGUGUCAAUGCGCUGCACGGCGGAGUCGAUGGCUGGGGCAAGCGGACGUGGGAUGGCCCCUCACCGGUGGGCGUGAGCCGCGAGGUGCCUGGCCUGAGCCCCUCGACCCUCGACAAGGGCGGCGAGACCGUCCAGUUCACCCUGGUCAGCCCCGACGGCGACGAGGGCUACCCGGGCACGGUCAACGUGUCGGUCAAGUACUCGGUGGGUAAGCAGAAGCUGCCCGAGAAGGACGGCGUUGAGGCCACGGUGCUGGUCAUUGAGUAUGAGGCUGAGCUGGUGGACGGUGCCGACGAGACGGUCAUCAACAUGACCAACCACUCCUACUUCAACCUGGGCAACCUGCCCACGAUCGAGGGCACCGUUGUCGAACUCGGAAGCACCAAGUACCUGCCCGUCGACGAUGGCGGUAUUCCCACUGCCGGCCCCUCGACCUUUGAGGGUGUGGACACCGCAAAGCCGUUUACCCUGGGUGCGACGGACCCGGACGUUGACGACUGCUUCAUCGUCAACGACAAGCCUACCACGGUCCCUAUCGACACGCGCGGCGAGCCGCUCACGCGCCAUCUGGCCGCGCACCACCCCAACACGGGCAUCCACCUGGAGGUCCUGAGCACGGAGCCAGCCUUCCAGUUUUACACCGGCAAGUACAUUGACGUGCCCGCCGUUGGCGGUCUACCCGCCCGAGUUGCACGCAGCGCUUUCUGCCUCGAGCCCAGCCGCUAUGUCAACGCCUCCAACGUUGCGGACUGGAAGGACAUGGUGCUGCUGAAGAAGGGUGGUCCGAAGUACGGCUCCCGCAUCGUCUACCGCGCAUGGAAGGAGUAG